CGCACUCGUCUGUUCAGCCAAAGCGGCAUCGACCGACGUCCGACGUCUCACUCACAUGAAUCGCAUUGACGUCCACCCAUUCACAGCUCCACAGCGCACAUCGACACGGCCCCAUAUUCUCUCCUCUCGCAACGAUUGUGCUGUGGCCCACUCACACACACAGAGAUACAACACAUACCGACACACAGAGAGAUAUAGCCAAGGGAAGGACACAGACAUGCAGACAGACCGACAGAGAAAGAGAAGCCCUCCAGAUGUCACCCAAACACGCGGAUGACCGAGUAGGCACAUGUUCAUGCAGUUGUGUAUGGACAGAUCAACAAAUGAGGGAGAGAGAGAUCUAGACAGACAGACAUGGACACGAAAGUAGUGGAGUGCACACGAGAGUUGCACGUGUGUGCUGCCGGCUAGGAUACAUUACACACGACUGGGCGUGAUGCGGCCGCCUGAGGGGCGGGCACAAGCGCCUCCGUCCGUCAAGUCAGUGAGGGAUACUGUACACCACACCGGCCGGCAAACGCAUCCUAGCGUCGACCAAAAAGCAUGAAGAGCAAGGUUUCUCCCUCUUCCUCUCUGCGUAUGGCCGUUGCACGCCUCGACGUGUCAUGACCCUCGCCGGUUGGACAUGGGCGUCGAAUCAAAUCCAUUCACUGAGAGGGAGGGAGGGAACAAAGACAUACACGCAUACACAUGUGAGCCAUCACUCCAUCCGCUCCAUGGGGCGUCCUGCCUGCCUACUUGCGUAAUAUUCCUCUCCCCCGCUUUUGGCGCCGUCGCUGCUCCUCCCGGACGCACCCGACAGUGUGAUGACGCCCUCCUCCUUCGCUAGGGGGUAGGGGUCCUCCUCGUCGGGCACCACAUAGGGGUCCGCCGACGGCCUGACACACACGUCGAAGGGGAGCGACACACAUAAGGUCUGGAACGGUGUGUGUCCAUGAUGGGUAGCGCUGACCUCAUUUGAGGCGAGUCGAGAACGGAUGCCACCCGGAGUUUGGCGUAGAGAUCCUGAUGGGUUGGUGGGUGGCACGAGAUGCUCACGUGGUGUGUCAAUGGUGUGUGUGUUGUUGUGUACCGAUCGUAUUCUUUCAGGCGUCCUGGCGAUGUGUCUGUGUCUUCUGACGAAGAGCGGCUCUAUCUGUGCGCCGGCGAUGGAGAUGACGGGCACCCUCUCGGUGUCCGGAGGAGACACUGUCAGCUCCUGAGACCUGAUCGACGUCCACACAUCCAGUCGACAUUGAUACGCACAUUCGCCCACAUGUGUGCGUCCGUAAGUAUACGGACAGCAGUCACCUUGUGCUGUGUUGGGUGUGUGUGGUUUGCGUACUUAGAGAGCUGGCCGCCCCACCGGUAGCCCACCAGGCCGACAAUGAUCACCAACUGUCCAUGUGAGGCGGUAUAAACACAUGAUAUAUCGAUUCACCAGCCCUGUUGCGACUCUUUGUGUCCCCUCCCUCCCUCACCAGGCCGAGGAAGUCCGUCGCUCUCGGCUGCAUCGCAUCAGCACCCUGCACACACACACACACACACAGAGGAAUGCUCCCAUGUGCACAUCAGGGCGGCCACGUGUGUGUUCACAGCUGACAGACCAUGACGAAGGACGAGUAGAAGGCCAUGGAUGUGAGGGGCAGCCUCAGCGUAGCGAUGAGGAAGGAUAUCGCAGCCGACCCGUGCUUGAUGACCAGAAUCGUGAACACAUUGUAGAACACAUUCGCCAGCAGAUACGACGCUGUCGGGAUCUGCACAGAUAACACACACUGCUCCUGGUCGGAAUGUCUCUCUAAUCCCUGUGUAGCUCACCCAUGCAGUUGCGCAGGCGUCACAAGGUGGCUGGUGCAGCCCUCCGCACUGUUCGGUGAUCGUGUUGAUGCCCACGAGGCACUUGGCGCCAUUGGCAAAGGCGGCGGGGAUCUGCACCCACUCGAUGCGCUGCUCGCCCAGCAUCGGGAGCGUGUUGAUAGGCACCAGGAGGAAGCCGAUCAGCAGCUGGAAUGCAGCCACCCAGUACUGCAGCAGAUUCACGUCCAAAUCCACAUCGCGGAAGGCCACCUCUUUAUACACAGACGAGAGGGCCGUCGGCUGUACCAUCAAACACACACACGCGUGUUUCAUGUCUAUGUAUGGGUGUUGGAGGGGGUGCGUACCACCGACGCGAGAAAGAAAAGCAGGUUGAAGAAGAAUUGGUCCUUGGGCGCUCCGGGAUCUGGCGCCGCCAUGAAGGACGGCAGCUUGGAGAUCAACACGCCAGCGAUGAUCACCGUACUGCCCAUGUACUGCAUCCAGUGAUACCUACACACACACGCACACACACACACACACACCCCGAUAUGAGUAUACCCUCACACACACACACACACACACACACACACAUGCCUGACCUGAUAGACAGCGCCAGCACGGUCGCGAGCAGGGUCACAGGUAUGGUGGCCUGCUGCAGGAUGACCUGAGUGGUGCCGCUGGUGUUGACCCCGCCCAGCACCAUGCAUAUCCCCGCCAGGCUGUCGAACGCCCCCAUGACGGCGAACCUUCUCCUCGGAAAGCUCUUCAUUUCUGGUGUGAUGCCGCCUCUCAUGUCGGUGUAGAUGACCAGGGAGAGGAAUAUGGGGACGUAGAUGACAGUCGUCAGCUGAGUGAGGAACCACCCGUAGUUGGGCAUGCCGUUGGUCAUCUUCUUGAAGAACACGCUGUUGCACACGCUCGAUAACAGGAGGCCCAGCGAGUAGGCGGCCAGCAGGAGGGAGUCCUUCCUCAGAAAGGAGGAGCCCGUACGAAGCCCGAAUCUGACAACAAGCAAACAAACACGCAAGCAAAACACACGUGACGCUCCUCCGUGUGUUUCUCAGUUUUUUCCUCUUCCCUUCCCUCCCGUCCUCUCUCUGUUAGUGCUUACAUCCUUCUGGCUGAUCUCCACCAGCGAGAUUGGGACUGCGCCUGCGGCGAGGUGUCGUCGUGGUCAUCGCUCUGGUGACCUUCUGUGGCUGGGGUUGAUGACGAUGUCGGCUCCAGAAGGGCCUCUUUGAGCUCGGGAGCCGACACGCCUUGACCAAGCCUCCUUUGGGACGGCAUUGCGAAUUCCGGUCACUCUCUCGGCCACACCCAGAUCUCCCCAGCACCCGGCACGCCCAGGAGAAGCAGCAAAGUUCACCUUUGGUGUGUCCUUUCAGCUAAGCGCAAUUCGG